AUGUGUGAGUUGCUCAUGCGGUACGGUGCGGAUGUGAACGGUCGAGAUGCGGAUCAAUGGACUCCGUUGCACACCGCGGCCGCAUGUCGACACGUGGACAUUUGCGACUGCUUGUUGAAUCAUAACGCGGACAUUCUUGCCACAAAUGUGGAUGGCAGUAUUCCCUAUGACAUAGCGGAUGACGACGACACAUCCAAAUUCCUUCUGGACGAAAUGAAGCUUAGAGACGAGGAUACCGUUGGUUCCGAAUCUGGAGCAGGAAUCAGCGUGAAUCUCAUGAACCACGAAUAA